AUUACGAAAAUCUUAUCUUCUUUCCACGUGUAUGGUUUAAGCAGUUGGAUCAUAAUCGUAUGGUUAAAAAGUGGAUCCUAAUCCUAUCAGGAAUCAGGAUUAAAGCAUUUUGACACAAUUUUCAUGAUGAUUAGGGUUAAGAAGCCGACCCCCUUAUAAAUAGAGAGUGAGAUAUCUUGACUACCCAGACCAAAAACUCCUAGUUAAGAGAUUCUGACUACCUUCAAGUUAUGAAUUGAGACAAUCUUGUUCUCUAUUUGUUAGGGAGUGGUGUUUCAGUGGUGGUAAGAGGAUAAUAUUUCUUGAGAAUGUCUGCCUACAUUUCUGAGGAGAAGUUGUUCUUCAACAAGAAAGAUUCUGUCAACGUAAAUUCGAAACCUUUUGGAUCCAAAAUAUCAGAUGUCAGCGAAAUUGAAGAAUUUGAUCAAGAGACUUUGAUUGUGACAAGUCAAGAAGCUAAGGAUGAUUCCAAAGUGGCACCGAGGGACGUAGUAGCUACAUCAACAAAUGUCUCUAAGAAGGCUUUAACCAUGGGAGAUAUUUUAUCAAUGGAGGAUUCCCAAAUACCACCCAACAAAAACAACACUCAUGGACCUGAGGAAAACAUAGUCCAUCAUGACACACAACUGGAGAUAACAGAGGAACCGGAGAUAACAGAGGAACCAGAAGCAGACAACUUUUGUGAUGAGAAUCUCUUGUCAAGGAAUCUCCCAAAUGGUUUCAGGGAAAUAAGUUAUUGUGAGGCUGAGUCAAGUUUAGCUUAUAUAACUUACUGUGGACCAAGAUCAGGCUCCGAAAACCUCUCUUUUCGUUCUGAUGGAACCAGCGCAAGCUCUUUCGUUUUCCCAAUACCGCAAUCGGAGUGGAACAGGAGUCCUGUAAGAGUGGGUAAAGCUGAGGAGACACAACUUCGAAUGGUGAAAGCUGAGGAGACAAAACUUCAAAUGGUGAAAGCUGAUAGGACACAACUUCGAGUGGUGAAAGCUGAGGAGACUCAACUCCAAAAGGAGAACGCUGAGGAGACUCAACUUCAAAAGGAGAAAGCUGAGGAGACACAACUUCGAAUGGUGAUAGCUGAGGAGAGACAACUUCGAAAGGAGAAAGCUGAGGAGAGACAAAUUCGAAAGGAAAAAGCUAAGAAGAGGCAACUUCGAAAGGAGAAGAAAGGAUGGAGACAUUACUCCUCUCUUCUCUGUUGUAGAUUCUGAUGGAUUUUCUAUCAGAAUUUCUUGUUUUUUUUUAAAAAACCUUUUUAGGCUUUGUAUUCGAUUUACAAAGACCGUUCGAAUAAAAACAGAAAAGAGUGAUUUUUCUGUAAUGUAUUAUUUCGUAGGCCUCAAAUACUUUAUCGUGGAUUUUGCGAGUUAGGUUUGUUUUUCUUUUCAGUUUAACGUGGUGGCUUCAA